CAUCGCCCCAAUAGUUUCAUCAGUGAGCCUGGCCAAAAUUGGCGGGGCAGCGUCCGGCAGUGUGCUGGCCGGACUGUCGUCUGUGGGACUCACCCUGCCAUCCAGUGCUGCCCUGGGCUCAGUGGCAUCUACCUUGAGAUCCACGUGGAUGUCUCUUCCAUACUGGAAUCCCCUGCUGUGACCUCGGCUGUUUCCCCAGUUGGAGCCAAGACUGCUGCAGUUGUGAUCGGAGGAGCCAUGCUUGCGGGCUCUGUGCCGGUGCUGGACACCAUGGGCUUCCCUAGGGCAGCAAAAGCAGCCUCCAAAGUGGUCAGCAUGAUAUCAGCCGCUUCCCUCGCCAACGGGGGUGGGGUUGCCGCCGGCAGCCUGGGGGCUACUCUGAAGUCUGUGGGGGCAGUUGUCCUCUCCGCGUCAUCCAACGCUCUCCUCUGCUUGAUUGGAACAUCUUUUGGAGCCUGGCUGGGAUCAAAAAUAAAGAAACAUUGUACCUCUCCUCCAGCUGGACCCAGUCCUGAAGCAGAGAGGGGCCCCCAUGUUGGAGGUGACUCUCCAGGGCCUCAGGAUGAGAGUCCCCAAAAUGACAAGCCUCCUGCCUCCCAAAAUUGUUCAGAGAAGGAUGAGAAAUAAAGAUGAUAUACUGUGAGCUUCCCCUAGUGGCUGCACUGCCUUCUAGCGGGUGGGCAUAGGAAGGGAGCAGGAACUCCAAAGGAAGGAGCAGGGGGUGUCCUCAGUGACUGGAGCCAGGUCUGUUUCCAGUCCUGUCACCCACUUGGGACGCUGAGACGGUCAUGUCUCUUUUUGAGCCUCAGUUUGCUGCUCUUCAGAUGGGGAGUUGGACCAAGUGUCUUCAAAGAUGUCACUCAGGGCC